UCAUUACCCGCCCAAGAGCGAAGAGCUGCGAACCGCUUACCUGACUUUAAACCGAAGAUUUAACUUUUAACGACGCCAAUUUCUGUUGUUGCUUCGGUAUUUGUUAGCCUGAAAGUGAUGGAGCGGUUUGCGAUGCUCCCGCUAUUGUUUUACUUUGCUCUUUCUAUUGGUUUUGUUUACGAGAAAAGACGAAGGAAGUUUUUGUUGAAAUGUCCUAUAGUAUAGAUGGCGUGGUUCUCCUCGACGAGGACUACGUGCGCGGGCGCAAGGUGUACGGGCAAGUUGUGUGCACGUUCCGCUACGGCCGCGAGGAGGAUGAGGUGAUGGGACUCAACUUCUACAAGGAGCUGUUCCUGGCGUCGGAGCAGAUCUACCCCCCGCCUGAGAAGAAUAGCUUUGAUCUUACGAAGACGCAGGAGCGUCUCCUAAAGAAGCUGGGUAGUUCGGCAUAUCCGUUCCGGUUCACGGUGCCAGCCGGCGCGCCAGGGUCGGUGACGCUGCAGCCAGGGCUGGAGGACGAGGGCGAGCCCUGCGGCGUGCAUUACUACGUCAAGCUGUUUGUUGGUGACUCCGAGAUCGACCGUAGCCAUCGCAGGAGCACCGUAGCUCUAGGCAUCCGUAAGGUGCAGUAUGCGCCUACUAAGGCAGGCCCGCAGCCGUGCACUGUGGUGCGGAAGGACUUCGUACUGUCGCCGGGACAACUCGAGUUGGAGCUUACUUUGGACAAGCAGCUAUACAUGCACGGCGAGACGGUGGCGUUGAACAUCUGCAUCCGUAACCAUAGCAACAAGGUGGUGAAGAAGAUCAAGGCUUGUAUCCAGCAGGGCGUGGACGUCGUGCUGUUCCAGAGCGGCCAGUACCGCAACGUGGUGGCCAGCGUCGAAACACAGGACGGCUGCCCCCUGCAGCCAGGGUCCAGCCUCCAGAAAGUGUUGCACCUGACUCCAUCUCUGGACCUCUAUCGCGACAAGCGUGGGAUUGCGCUCGAUGGUCAGCUCAAACGUAACGAGACUACCCUGGCUUCUACUACUCUGUUGCUGGACCCGGAGCAGCGCGACGCGUUUGGAAUCGUGGUGAGCUACAGCGCCAAGGUGAAGCUUUACCUCGGUGCCCUCAACGGAGAGCUCGUGGCCGAGCUGCCCUUCAUACUCAUGCAUCCCAAGGACGGAAGAGCCAAGUUGAUUCACGCUGACAGCCAGGCCGACGUGGAGAUGUUCCGCCAGGACACCGUGCAUCAUCAGGAGAGCGUCGAGGUCUACUAGCCACCUGAACAACAUACUACAGGGGCCAUAGACAAAUUGUAAACGAUUGUCAAUUGACAGUGACAGUUAUAAAUAUGCAUGGGAUUGACAUAAGGUGACAUAUUAAUCCCAUUAAAUUACUAAAGUCAAGGCUGUAUGGUCCUCAGAUCUUUGCCUGCCUUAUAUAAGGCGAAUUUAAACAACAACAACAUAUGUUUUUACUACUGUCACUGUAGAUUGUCAUAGGCCCCGAUUCUUAAAGACACCGCCUAAUUUUAUUUUAUGUUAUAAGUACCCGUAAUUUCUUUAGGUACCUGUUACUUUCUUAUCCGUCGAAAAGGAAAGGCACGGGUAAUCAACAGGAUAAAAAUUAACACACGUCAAUUUUAAGUAGAAAUCCUAAACAAUACUUUCAAAGUUUUGUGUUUAGAAGCGUUGGUGUAUAACCCGCGGUAUUGAUACAACAUCGCACGUCAAAUGGGUUGCGUACCAGCGAGAUACCUUUAUUCAUUCAUUUUAAAAUUAACAGCUGUCAAUGCCAAUCACCCGUCCUUUUCCUUUUCGGCGAAUAAGAAGUGACAGGUAUAACUUAAAAGAAAAUUAAGUGUCUGUUCGAAUCAGCACCAGUAUGUCUUUUACUCUCAUCAUCAUCAUCAUCAUCAGCCCAUUAACGUCCCCACUGCUGGGGCACGGGCCUUCCCUAUGGAUGGAUAGGGAGAAUGUCUUUUACUCUAUGCUAAUUUUAUUAUCUUUGUGCAGCGAUAUUUGAAACUAUGAUGGGAAGGUAUUACAUUUACUUACCUAAUAAAAUAGGCAGGUCAUUGGCCCUGAUUCCUGCAGACACCACCUAAUUCUAUUUUAAGUUAUACCCGUCAUUUUGUUAUCCACCGGAAAAGGAAAGGGACGGAUGAGUGAUAAUUGUUAAUUUUAAAAUGAAUGAAUGAAUAACUCGGGCGAAUAAAAUAGGCAUCUCGGCCAAUAUACAAUUUUGGAAGGGUUAUUUAAAAUUCUACCUAAAAUUGACAUGUGUCCUAUAAAUUUUAUACCUGUCGAUUACCCGUUCCUUUCCUUUUCGGCGGAUAACAAAUUGACAGGUAUGACUUAAAAUAAAAUUAAAUGGUAUGUACUGGAAUCAGCUCCUUUACUGUUCUGAAUUAUAUCUAAAGAAAGAAUCAAGGUUAUUUUUUUUAAAUCAAGUUCAAGCUAAUAUAAAAUAGAAAAUUCAAAUAACUAGUGAGAAGAAUCUCGAUACCGAUAUUAUCUAAUUCUUUUUUCAAACUAAAAUCGCGAAAAAAUUCUAAGUCAAUGCUUAGGUGUAAUAUUUUCUUCUAAAUUACUACAAUGAAUCGUAUACCUACUAUAGGCACCUACUGUGUUUAAUUUUCGUGUCUUGCUUGUAAGUCUAAUAUUAUCUCCGUUUGUGAUAUUUAUAUAAUUAUCCUUUGCAUCUCUUUUGGGAGCAAGCAGAUAACAUUGUAGGUGUUGCUUCAUGCUUAUUUAAUUUAAGAACACAGAAAAAAGAAUAAUAAGUACUACAAUAUAGAUAGCGCUGUACAGGUUUUCCUUCGUUUAACCUUCUAAUUUAAUGCAUAUUAAACACAUGCAUCUUUUAUCUUUGUUUUUGGGUAUAAAUGAUGACCCCUAUUUUUAAAAUCGGGUACAAUUACACCUUCCAUCCAUUAUUAUUCUGAUCUAAAUGAAGGGAAGCAAUAUAGGUACCAACAUAAUUAUAUACAAAAUGUGAUACAAAUAUCGAGUAACAAUUACAUUGUAUUUUAGAAUAAUUAUGUACCCGAGUAAUAAGAAAAUACAACUAUAUUGUUUUUGGUCGACGUAGCCUGGAAAGUCCUUCAUUUAAACCAGGGAUGUUAUUAUUAUGAAUUUUCGGAUACGGAUUGGAUACGGAUUUAAGAAUGAUCAUUAUACCGGAUACGGUUACAGAAUUUCAGAAGUAAAAUACAAAUAGGUAAUAAAGUGGUCUUAUUUAUAACGACAA